CACCGUUCAGGACGAAGAUUGCGAACUACAAUCGUUUGCGGAUGCGAUACGAAAACAUAACCUUAGUAAACCGAUAAAUCGGGCACGUGAAACAAGGCUAUCCUCGGCCGCCCUACGACGACACCAGUUGAAAAUGUCCCUCAAAAAGGGUGGACCACCGCCAGCACCGUCAACAGGAGCGGCAGGAGUACAAAUAUCUAUGUUGUCGCAACCGACAAAUAAAAUACCGACAGUUACGGCGGGCUAUGAUAACGAGAAGCAUAACGGCUCAAGGAGUAAUAACGCGUCCGUAAAUCAAACAAAAUUCAUACGACCCGAUAUGGCCGAUGUCCCAGUACAGCAGGCGGCAGGCUCAACACUGCCUUUAGUGAUAUCGAAGAAGAAAGGCGGUGGUGCAGAUGAUUCCGAUGAUGUCAAUUAUAAUCCGUUCGAGCAUCGGAAAGUCGAACAUCCAACAUCUGAUUUGGAAACAUUUGUACAUCUGCUCAAGGGCUCCCUGGGUUCGGGCAUCUUGGCCAUGCCAAUGGCCUUCCUCAAUGCCGGUCUUUGGUUCGGUCUGGUCGCUACCUUCUUGGUGGGCACACUGUGCACCUAUUGUGUACACAUUUUGGUGAAAUGCGCUCACAUUCUAUGCCGGAGGCGUAAAAUCCCCAUGAUGGGUUUUGCCGAUGUUGCCGAACAAGCAUUCCUUGAUGGUCCAGUUGGUCUUCAGCGUUGGUCUCGCUUUAUACGUUUUGUGGUCAAUACUUUCCUGGUCAUCGAUUUAAUUGGAUGCUGUUGUAUUUAUCUGGUAUUUGUCGGCACGAAUGUUAAACAAGUUGUGGACUUUUAUAUGGAGGAGGAAACUGAAUUUGGUAUACGAUUGUGGAUUGUCAUCAUUACCGUGCCGUUGAUCUUUAUGUGCCUGGUUAGAAAUUUGAAAUUCUUAACUCCAUUCUCAAUGGUGGCAAAUCUAUUGAUGUUUGUUGGCAUAAUCAUUACCUGUACCUACUUGUUUACCGAUACCCCGUCGACAACGGAACGUGUCGGCGUGGCUGAUGUUGCCCAAUGGCCAUUGUUCUUCGGUACUGUCAUCUUCGCUUUGGAAGGUAUCGGUGUAGUUAUGUCCUUGGAAAAUGACAUGAGAAAUCCCACUCACUUUAUUGGCUGUCCAUCGGUGCUGAAUUUGGGUAUGGGUGUUGUCAUCACUUUGUACACCUUUGUUGGUUUCUUUGGCUAUUUGAAAUAUGGUUCGGAUACGGCUGGCAGUAUUACCUUGAAUUUGCCUGUAGAAGAUAAGUUGGCCCAAUCUGUGAAGCUGAUGAUUGCCAUUGCAAUUUUCUUCACAUUCACUCUGCAAUUCUAUGUACCCAUGAGCAUUAUCUGGAAGGGUAUCCAACAUAAAAUCGCUCCUGAAAAACAAAAUGUGUCCGAAUAUGCUUUGAGAGUUGGUUUGGUGAUCCUCUGUGGUGCUAUUGCUGUUGCCCUACCCAAUCUGGGUCCAUUCAUUUCCCUGAUCGGUGCUGUGUGCCUCAGUACUUUGGGCAUGAUUGUGCCAUCUAUUAUCGAAUUAGCCGUCUAUCAUGAAGAUCCCGGAUAUGGACGUUUCAAAUGGCGCCUGUGGAAGAAUGUCUUCUUGAUUUGCUUUGGCAUUAUUGGUUUUGUGACCGGUACCUAUGUCAGUAUAUUGGAGUUCCAUGCCGAAUUCAGUAAUUAAUAACAAAAAACAACAACAACAACUUCUAGAGUAUUU